GGCGGUCAUGUGGACUGCAGGAAUGGGAACUUAUUUCCCAUGAGGUUAUAUUGCAGCUGCUGUUUUCCACCGCUCAUUCACUUAACCCUAGUAACACAACCUUUUCUUGGCUAUUUGCGUACGCGUAUUGCAUAUACAUUGUUGUUGUUGUGAGAAACUGGCCGCCGUACGUGCGUAAUUUUCCAAAAGUGGGCGAUGGAGCCUCCGCGCGAUGCCUCUCUGUGUGCGCCAUAUUAAUGUGUUGUAGCUAUAUGUUCUUGAAAAUGAGGAAUCAUGACACUCACGGAAGGUGGGAUUACUUUCAUGAAAUCACUUGAACAAAGUGGGGAAAUUUGGGGAGAAGACUGAGAGGAAGCGAGCGGAUCUUCUGCGGAGUGGUACCCACACAGGAAAUGAUGGAUUAUCAACAAAGCUGCACAUUGUUGGAGAAUAUGACAUCUGUGAAAGUUGCAGGACAGGCCCUCAAUGUGGGGCAUUGUUCGGCACAUCAUUUAUCUUCCUUUCACUGCACUGCCUGUAGUCGAGGAGGAGUUUUAGUUUGCAGGGAAAUGUGAGCUGGACCUCCUCAACAAACAGCUCCAACAGACGACCGACGGACUGGACUGAGAAUCUGUGCUGAUGAAAAGAUGAGAUCCAAAAGGAAAAGGCCAGAAGCCCAGGGCUUUCUGGAAACCUGCCAUGUGACAUUUGGCUGCCAGCGCUCCAUCAGAAGGUCAAAGGGGACCCCGGUGCACAUUUAAUGGAAAUGCAGAAAACCAGUGCGACACAAAACACCCAGCACCACGACUUCUUCAGCGAGUCUUUGGAGGAUGUUAGUGGGUUUGCGUACACUCAUCAAGCAGCCUCACAAGUGGAGACGUUUGAGCGCACGUUUCCCCUGAGGUCAAAACAGCAAAACCCCAAGUUCCCUAUGAGCAAAAAGAUUUUCCCCUGGAUGAAAGAGUGCAGACACUCAGAUCAGAAACAAGGCAGAAGAAUCGCAGACUGCACCGUCAACGACAAGUGCCCAAGCGCGACACCGGCCUCCAAGAGGACGCGCACCGCGUACACGAGCGCGCAACUGGUAGAGCUGGAGAAGGAGUUCCACUUCAGCCGCUACCUGUGCAGGCCGCGGCGGGUGGAGAUGGCCAACCUGCUCAACCUCCAGGAGAGGCAGAUCAAGAUUUGGUUCCAGAACCGGAGGAUGAAGCAGAAGAAGGAUGAGAGAUUGCAGGGCCUCACCACCACCACCACCACCACCACUACCACCUCCUCCUCACCUCUUUCCUCACCCUCCGCACCGGGCAGCCCCACUCUGUCGAGCCUGGGUUAUGUCCAUCUGGGCGGGGAUUACCAACCGGCCUCCCCUCCGCUCAAGUCCCAACAACACCAGCCGGCGUACACGGCAGAAUACUCCAAAUAUCCAGCUCCAGGCUUCACGCACGGCCCGCAAUUUAAUACGCAGUACAACACGCACAGCACCUCACACACAACAGACCCUAAUGUGGAUCUUAACUUGUCAUAUUUCUCACAGAGCUGCACUCAGGACAGAAUCAUGCAAGCUCCGAAACUGAGUCAUCUGUAGACACUCAGUUCCUCUAGCCUCCAGAAAAACUUUCCUUUUAAUUUAUAGAGGAAGACUCCACUGAUCUGUCUUGAUGCAUGCUAUUUAUUUUUAUUUAUUUUCACAAAUUAAUCUAAAUAUUAGUCUCAAGUCUUAUUCAUUUUUAUUUAUUCAUCUUGUGCAUUUUUAUAUUGUUGUGUUAAAGUUUACAGCCGGGCCUCUUCUAAUCAUUUUUAGAGAAAUUAGGAAAGGCUGUAAUCCAGCCCUGUGUUGUUUAAAUUAUAAUGUUCACUGCUGUUGUUUCAGCUGCACAAAUAAACGCAAUUUGUUGAGAUUUCCCCA